AUGUCAUCUGCUUAUCCGCCAGCGCAUUCUCGGAAAUACGAUACAAAUGGGCAGCUGCGUCUAUCGACUGGGUUUUUCCAGCGAUACUUCGAAAGCGACGGGACCAACAAAGAAAUUCCCAUUCUUCAAGUUACUGGCUGGUACAUCACAGACACAUAUGCUGCUGAACAGGACAUUGCUUUUCCCAGCGCUGCUACAUCCGAAAUACACAUGCUGCUCGAUAGCACGUUUCUUCUAAGGACUGGUACAUUACAGACACAUAUGCUGCUUAACAGGACAUUGCUUUCCCUAGGGCUGGUACAUCUGAAGCACAGAUGCUGCUCGAGAGUACGUUGGGUUUUCCCAGAGUUGAGCGGUUUGAAGCAUCUGCGAAAAUAUCCACUUAGCUUGGCAGCAACCCAUUCAUCGGCCUGA